GCCGUCCCACGCGGUCGUGGACGACAUCGUCUUCGUUUCACGUACACAUUAGGGACUUUUGCACCAUCGCACGACCGACCGACCGACCGCCUGCCUCCUCUCCGUCCCCAACUCCCACGCGGUCUCCAUGCGGUCGCUCUUGUGAUGACUACAAAAACCGUUGCCACCAUCAACUCCACCGGCAGACAGGCCGCCUCGUUCAUCCGCGCUGCUGCUGCCGUGGGCUGGCAUGUCCGGGCUCAGAUCCGGAGCUGUGACGGACUCGUCGCCGAGGAACUCGCAGAACUCCCCCAUGUCGACAUCAUCGAGGGCGACUUGACCGGUCCCGCACGAACCACCAUCUUGAACAGACUGUUCACCGGUGCGAAGAUUGCCUUCAUCAACACCACUCAUUGGGGUGAUGAAGUCGCCAUUGGCAAAGCCUGUGCUGAUGCCGCCAAGAAGGCCGGCAUCUCUCACUACAUCUACUCCAGCAUGCCCGACCACAGCAUGUAUGGCCACGACUGGAGGGAACUGCCCAUGUGGGCCACCAAGUUCGCAAUCGAGAAUUACGUGAGGCAAAUCGGUAUCCCCGCCACCUUCGUUUACGCCGGCAUCUACAACAACAACUUCACAUCAUUACCCUACCCGCUGUUCCAGAUGGAGCUGCAAGACGAUGGCAGUUUUGUUUGGCAGGCCCCAUUCCAUCCCGACGAUCCUCUUCCGUGGCUGGAUGCCGAACACGAUGUCGGACCGGCACUGCUGCAAAUCUUCAAGAUGGGCCCCAAGCAUUGGAGGGGUCAAAGGAUCACACUGGCGUUCGAAAAAUUGACGCCACUGCAACUCUGUGCUCGAUUCUCCCGAGGUGUCGGCAGGCCUGUCAAAUAUGUACACGGUGAGAUCAAGAUUGCCGUGGGCAUCCCCAGCGGGUACCGAGAACAGCUCGAAAUCCUGCAGGAAACCCUCGGACGCAAGCGUGCUCCCUACUUUGGGCCCGACUUGGAGUAUCCCAAAGAAGCCCGCAGUAUAUGGGAAGGCCACCGAGGCAUCGAAGAGUACGCCCGGGAGGUUUUCCCCAUUGAAGAGUACGCCAACGGGCUCCGAUGGAUGGAAGAAGAUGGGAUGAGUGCCACCGGUUUCAGCACACCCGUCGAGAGCAACGGCGAUCCCAUGGAUAUUGCGCGACCACUGCCCAUGACUCCCGCGAGCGCUGCGACUCCCCUCCACGUCUCGGGGGCAUACACGCCCAAGUCGCAUCCCGAAGGACUGACCAAGGGCUUCUAUGUGGGCAGUUGCUAAUACGCCAUUCGAGGAGUAAUUUUGCAUUUUGCAUUCUGCAUUUUGCGAGCGGGGACAGCCAUUGAUUUUCGGUAUCUUUUUUUUUUUCGGGUGGUACCGACGGCUGCAUUUUGCAUCAUUUUUAUUUCGGUUUGUUCUGGGCGAUUAGACCUCACUUAUUCUCUGGGAGGGAAUUUUUUUUUCUUUUCCACAUUUUCGAGGAAUGGGUGGGGAGGCAUUUUGGGGGAGGGGUACAGGGAAGGGUAUGAAAAACCAAAAAGUACGAAAAAGGUGAUGAGAGAAACGGCCGAUUGAAUGUGAUGAAUUGAAUUCGACAUGAUAUUACAAAAAAUUUGGUUUUGAUUAAUGAGGUGAAGAGAAGGGCGAGUGCGCUUCAUCUAUGUAGUCGUGCAGAU